UGGGUGAGAAUCCCGGGCGGGCGCUUGGUCGGUCAGUGCGGUAGCGCAGAGCAUGAGAAGCGCUGUGUGAUACAGGCUAUCGCCAGUGGCCCCUCCAUCCCAUCCAAGCAGGGGGGGAGUCCGAUUGCGGGCCGGCGCAUCGCAGCGGGCUGUCAGCUCGCCAGGUAACCCGGUGCGGGCGAGAGUGUGUGUCUCCUCCCCGGGCUGUGGGGUGCAGCAUGCCCGCAGCGGGGCCCCCGCUCCAGCACCAGCCCACAUCAUGAGGAGCGCAGCGCUGCUGCUGCUGGCUGCGCAAUGGCUAUGGACCGCGGCGCUGGCGGCGGCGGCGACGAGCCACGACUCGGAGUCGUUGCCCGCGGCGGAGACGGACGCGGUGAUCGAGGUGGUUCAGUAUCGGCACAGUCGGGACGGCAUGGUGGCGAACAACAGUACCCUCCGCCUCCAGGGCCACUUCGCCGGGGCCGGCAUGAGAGUGGCAGCCGAGGGCAAGCUCCUGCAGUUUCACCCUCUGUGGUUGUGUAACACCAGUGAAGAUGAGCAACAGGAAUAUGAUUUUGUCAGUAUGAUCAAAUUGGAGAGACCGGAUCGAGACCCACAUCCUUGUCUCUCGCUCUUCGAAAAGGCCAAGUUUGCUAUUCAGAGAGGUGCCACAGCAGUGAUCUUUGAUGUAACUGAUGAUUCAAGUGCGGUGGGUCAGCUCAAACAGAACCCAGAAGAUCUGUUGCCUCGUCCCGUUAUCCUGAUCCGAGGCCUGGAUGCUGCCCAGCUAAUGAAUGUCAUCAACACCAUUGGUGAAGCAGUGGUCAAGAUUCACGUGAAGAAUAACUUGGUGGGUCGGCCAGCCUAUGAUGUGGGAAUCUUGAUGACUCUGAUCGUAGCUUUCUCAGUGGUUGUCAUGAUCCUGGCCGUGAGAAUCAAGUGCAAGCAGAACCGAACUCGGAAUUCCUUGCAGCAACAGACGAUCAAUGCAAUCAGCCGACUGGCCACCCGUCGCUACCGGUCACGGUGCCGCCCCCAGGAGCACGAACGGCAGAGCAGCCUGGAUUCCCAGGGCAGCAGCAUGUCAGAGCCCGUGUGUGCCAUCUGUCUGGAGGAGUUUGCCAAUGGGCAGGAUCUCCGGAUAAUAUCUUGUUUCCACGAGUUUCACAAGGAAUGUGUGGAUCCCUGGCUUCUUCAACAUCGUACUUGCCCACUCUGCAUGUACAACAUCAUUGAAGGAAGCUCAACAGUUGCACAACAGGAAGUUCCUGAGCGAGCUGCACCGGCUGCUCAACUGAACCAGCGAAUCCACCUGUUCCGCCGUUACCCUGGACACACCCAUCUUCACCGACCCAACACUGCCAUCCCUUCCAGAGCACCUCACCUGAACAACCCCAGAACUCAAGGGAUGCCCUCUGGUCAUCACUUUGUAACACCGGAGGUCUACCCCAUGGGGUUUAACACCGUGCGAUAUGUGGCGGCAAGACCCCGGCAGCCUCCGGCGCUACACAGGUGCAACUAUCACCACAGUGAGGGGCAGGGCGUCUCCUACAGGCACCACAGACCCUUCGCCGUGCGGAAAGGCCCGCCCUGGCCUGAUAAACCUCACCACGGACUCUUCCUGCACAAGCCUCCCUGUCGGCAGCAGCAGCAGCUUGCUGCAUGCAGCGUGCCUCUGUCGUCGCAUAAUUUAAAACCGAACUGUGCACCGCUGCGCUCGCAGCUCACCAGCAACCAUGACAACUGCAGCCUCUCGGGGGACAGUUUUGGCAUCAACUGCUCGGUGCGCAGCGGAUACCUGGCAGAUAGCCCAGGUAGUGACUCCAGCUCGGGUCCCUGCCACUGCUCCUCCAGCGACUCCACGCUGGACUGCACGGACAUCAGUAACCGUUGUAUUUAUGGAAGCCACUCGACUUUCCGCAGCUCUCUAAGCAGCGAGUACGAUCCGCUCGUGUACUGUGGGACAAGUGAGGAGAGCAUCAAGUCUUUGUCGUUUGAAGAGCAGAGGCCCAGGUCCUUGGACUCAGCCGGCGGUCCUCAGGAUGACUGUGUGCUUAGCCACACCCACUACCACCACCACCGGCACCAUCAUUACACCGACGCUCACCCGAGCCCCAAAGAUGAGCAUUGCAGGAGCGCAUCACAGAGGCAGGACGGCGAGCCGCUAGACAACUACAUGGGCGACUCUCAGCACUGCCAGCAUCAGGUGGAGUUCGCCUGCCAAUCCCAGUACACCCCCACUCAGUGUUCCUGCUUGGAGCGGCGCCUGUUGCUUCCCCCUGGGCUCUGUCUUCCCGAGACCUCGCUGCAAAAGGGCGACGCGGAGACGGACAAGAGCAAAGCAGCGUGCGCCAAAGCCAAACCAGUGCCUUCAGAAACAAAGUCCAAUCGGGGCAGCAAGAGGAGGAAGAGGAAGAGUAAUUCCCAGAUGGAUCCUGCCGUGGUUUACUUCCAUCAGGACUGUGAUGCCAUGGAGGACUGCAGGGUUCACAUUCACUACGACAACCCUGGGAACCAGUGCCACCCUCCUAACAUUCAGCCAUCAGUGCCGGUCCCUUUAGUCCUCAGCAGCGGAGCUGCCAGUGAGUGGCCUUUCCCGUUCUGCGACUGUCGCAACCCCCACUGUCAGCAACCACUGCCCCAGGUCGGGUCCGAAUCCAUGCUACCCGGGGAGCAGCAUGUGAGCAAUGGGGAUCAAGGCCACCCCUUCCAAGACGGCUGUGGUGAAAGACACUGUGACCGAGAACCAGUUCAAGACAAGUCCUUCUACUGCCAGGCAUUCCCCAGCAAUCCAGGUACCAAAUCAAACGUGGAAGAGAUUUGUGAGGAAGCCGUGUAAUUGACGUACAAAGGAAGCCGUGGCAGGCAGGACAAGAGGCAGAUCUGACAAGACCGUGAAGCUGGCAAGAUGAGGGGCACCUGGAGUGGCCGUGCAGCUGCGGAUGAGAGUGGGACAUGCCUGGCGGAGCUGUGUAGCUAGUGGAUGAGGGAUGGACAGGUGUGAAGAAGCUGUGUAGGCGGAUGAGAGAGGGCAGGCGUGGAGAAACUGGGUUGCGGCAGGAUGACGGUGGGACAGGUAUGCAGACGUCCUACACCAGGCAGAUGAGGGAGGGGGAGUGUAGAGAAGGCGGGUGGCAGGACGGAGGAGACUGGGAUUGUGGCGCAAUAGUGUGGUGCAGCCAGCAAGAAGAAGAUGGAAAUGUGUGGCGUUGGCGAAGUGAGAUCUGAUGCAUAUGGGGAGGAUGAGUGCAAGGGUUUGCAUGAGGAAAUUGUAUAGCGUGCAGAUAUGGGUAAUAUCCCUUAUGGCGAAGCUGUUUAGCUGAUGGAUGAACAUGGAAAUACGUUGGAAUAAGCCUUGUAGCUGGGGGUAUGAUGCGGGGACAUUCACGGAGAUGCUGCGUAGCUGGGAGCAAGAGGCUGGGACAGGUGUGGAGAGGCUGUGUAGCUGGAGACGUGAGGUGGGAACAGUUGUAUAACUGGGACACGAGUUGGGACAGGCAUGGAGAAGUCAUGUAGCUGUGGGUAAGAGGUUAGGACAGGCAUGGAGAAGCCAUGUAGCUGGGUGUAUGAGGGGGGGAUAUCCAUGGAGAAGUCAUCAAGCUGGGGAUAUGAGAUGGGAACAGCCACGGAGAUGCUCUGAAGCAGGGGCUAUGAGGUUGGGACAUGCAUGGAGGAGCUGUCUAUAACAGGAGGUGUGUGGUGGAGACUGGCAUGGAGAAGCCCUGUAACGGGGGACAUGAGGUGAGAGCAGGCAUGGAAAAGUCGUGUAGCGGGUGGGAAACGGAAGGAGAGUUAUGUGUAGACAAGCAGGACAUGAUAAUGGGUUCAACUGGCAGAAUGAGGGGCAGGUCCAAUGUAACUGUGCAGCUACAAAACAAAGACCAAGUUAUUUCAAAGUUUUGAAUAUUUGAACCAGGACAUUAAUCUACAGAAGCAUCGCUUCAUGACAUUGGUGCUUGACAUUUGUUAAUAACCUUCUACUUCAAGAGUAAGUGUGUAUCCACAGCCAUUGGAGGCCCUUUGUCAAGGGACUCCUUCCUGGUGGUCUUUGUUUUCCAGAAUAAUCUAACACAUGGCAGAUUUUUAGCACUUGUGACCAGACCCUGACUGUCAGAUAGAAGCACUUAAAGACAAAUGUAGCCUUGCAGGGCCUUGUAUUUACAAGGGCCCCACAGUAUAUUUUGGGUACUUUGUAUUAAGAAAAAAAUAUUUCUAAAGUGUUGUAUUAUAUUUGUAUAGAAAGUCAUUGCAUUAUGAUAAUAUGUUCUUAAUAUAUUUAUUUACUAAUAUAUUUAUCCUCUACCAGGGUGUGUAAUGUAACGUGCCUUAUAAAUGAUCAGUGCUGUCACUAACCUGAUGGUCUGGCUCUAUUCAGAUUAUGCUCCAAUAAAUUAUUUUCAAUUACAAAGGUGAA